AUUCAGACACGCCGCAUCAUUCAAUCGGAACACGUUACCGCAAGCACAGCCACGCAGCCAUUCAAUCCGAGCGCCCACCACCACCGGGGUACACCGAGCGUCCAGUUGCAGCGCGGGCAAGCAAACAUUAAAAAGCAAAUAACAAAAUUCUAAUUAAUCUACCGCCGAGAUCUCGCAAACGAUAUGGAUACCGUGAAGCUGUUGGGCGUCCUUCUGAUUUGCGCCUCUUUGAUGUUCAUCUGCGAAGCACAGCUGACCUUCACGCCGGCCUGGGGCAAGCGUUCGCCAGGCGCGAUGGGAAUUAAUCCGCUCGGCAGUAGCUUCGGGCAGCAGGACGCGUGCAAAACACCGGUUGACUCGCUGCUCGUCAUCUACCGAAUGAUUCAGGCCGAAGCUCAGAAGAUUGUUGACUGCAGCCAGAAGUAGACGGUUCCACCAUGCAGUUACGUCGCGGUUGAAGGGGAUGCGAUUGUGUCCCAUCUUACACGGUUCCGGAUUCCUCUUGCCACUCCAAUUUCGUUGUUCGAAUACGACAACGAAAGGCUCACCAUCACCGGCAGUUUUCUGGCAGGAAGGAUGCAGAUUUUCCUUAUCCCUUCGAUUCGAUUCGUUCGGUCAAGAAACCAUCUCUUGUACGAAGGACUUCACCAUCAGUUCAGCCUUUGAUGUUACGAAUGUAAAUAGAGGUCGUCUCGCGUGCUGCUCCAUCACCGGCGCGGAAGGAUUCAAUGUGACAAAACCACCACCAACAACAAAAUAAACAAUAUGGCAUAAGUUAUAA